AUGUUCUCAGAGUUGAAGUUCCCUGUGCCCUGGGGCCAUGUGGCAGCCAAGGCCUGGGGACCCUCAGAGGGGCACCCUGUGUUGUGUUUGCAUGGCUGGCUGGACAAUGCCAACACCUUCGAUAGGCUCAUUCCACUGCUCCCCAAAGGUUACUAUUAUGUGGCAAUGGAUUUUUCUGGCCAUGGGUUAUCAUCCCACCGUCCUGCAGGUGUCCCGUACCAUUUCCUGGACUAUGUGAUUGACGUGCGCCGAGUGGCAGCAGCCUUACAGUGGAGACGGUUCACGCUGGUGGGUCACAGUAUGGGUGGGUCUGUGGCAGGAAUGGUAAGUGAAGUAUCCUUUCUUCAUAGGAUUUGUGAUUUCUGCACCUGGGACAACAAAUGGGGAAAGAAUGAAGGGACCAAUUGUGUGGGACUUGGAUCUCAGGGUGGCAGAAGCCCUUCCCUGACCCCUUCUGCAGGGCAGCAGGAUGAAGACAUCAUUCAACAUCCAGCUUUUCUCCUUUUUCCAUAUUUUCUCUCUCCUCAGUUCUGUUUCCUUUAUCCUGAGAUGGUGGAUAAGCUGGUCCUGCUGGAAACUCUUGGCUUUCUGCUAGCUCCAGAGGACACUGAGGCGUGGCUGGAAUCAAGACGGGCGGUGAUUGACAGACUGCUGAGUCUAGAGGCAAAGAAGCAAGCUCCCAAAGCACGGAGCCCUGAAGCGGCACUGGAGAGGCUCUUAGAAGCAAACAGACAUCUGACAGCAGAGGGUGGGGCAGUCCUACUGCAGCGAGGAGCAACUGAGACACCCGCUGGGCUGGUGUAUAAUAGAGACCUGAGAGUCCGUAAGCAGAGUCGAGAGUACUUCACCGUGGAGCAGUGUGUGAAGCUCUUGCAGAAGAUCCAGGAUCGUGUUCUCAUCAUUCUAGCACGUGAUGGACUCUUGGUACCACACAAACCAGACAACAGAAAUGACUUCGUGAAAGCCCUGCAGGAGGCUUUAGACUCUACCCUCAAAGAGCACAUCCAGCUAGUAGAGGUGCCUGGGAGUCAUUUUGUGCACCUGAACGAACCUGAGGUGGUGUCUGGGAUCAUCAGCAGCUUCCUGAUGGUGCAAAAUGCUAGAGCCAGGCUCUAGGAAGCCCUCACUGCUGUAGCAGUCAAAACAGGGAGCUGAAAAGCAGGCUCUGAAGGAAUCAUCACCAUUUCUACCUCGCAUCCAAAAUUAGUUUGAUGAUGGGCCUUCCUCACCGCAGGAUGGAAGCAUAUCUGCCAGAUUCCCUGAAGGAGAGCUGACCAAGAAAUAUCUCAGUGGUCAAAGGGAAAAGGAUUCCCUUUUCCACUUCCAGCUCUGUGAGUAAAGGGACAGAAGCUCAGCAUGGCCUUCCCUGCUUCCUUGCUCCUAAGCUGCAUCCUGAAACAGAGCAGUAACAGAGACAUCUUCUGUGGGAGCAGCACCACCUGCUGUGGCAUUGCAGGUGGCUUCUCUCACCUCCUUCCUGAGGACGGUGUGACCACUCCUCAGAAUUUAGACAUACUGCAAACUGCUUAUGUCCAUGAGUGCCUGCAUUCAGGUGGCCUCAGUGUCUCUGUUCUGCUGUGAGAGCUGCUGUUUGAAAAAUCAGCUCAAGUGAGAGAUCACCUGGGCACCAAAGGCCCUUUUAAUGAACACCUCCAACUGAAGCAGCUGGGAGAACUACUAAUAAUGGAAAAGUUGGCAGAAGUGAUUUCAGUCCUUCUAAAUAAAGAUGAAGCUCCUAC